AUGGCUAAAUACGAAAUUGAACAAUUGAUCCAACUACGUGAAACUGCUUACGUUCCAACUUCUGUUGAUUUUGCUGAAUUUACUAAAUCAAUCUUGGAAGAAAGAGAAAGACAAGCUCAACAAGAAGAAGAAUCAGGUUUCACAGGUGGUCGUAGAAGAUCUUCUAUAGGUAUCAGACCAAAAUUCAAAACAAACCGUCCAAAACGUGCUCCAGCUCCACAACCAGAUGCUGAUGGUUGGGUUACUUUAGAUAAUCAUAGAAAAUCUGCAAGUGGUGAAGAAGCUGCAAAUGAAAAGCAAAAAUUUAAAGAUUCAUUAAAAUCAGAUACUACACAAGUUAAAGUUCGUCCAAAUAAUAAAAACUUGGGUUCAAGUAAACCAGUUGAUUCUCGUGAUAUCAUUGCUGAUCAACAAAAAUCUACUUUUAAUGCUUUUGCUGCUUUAGGUGAUGAAAGUGAUGAAGAAAGUGAGGAAGAUGAUGAAUAA